AUCCAAACCCAAACAUUCCAAUCCAAAACAAAAAAACAUAUCAAUUUGAUUUUUGAUGAGAUGAUUGAGAUUGAACUUGAGCAUUUUCAUUAAAAUAAUGACUAAUUUAAAAAUGUGUGUUGUUUUUAGUUUAUUUCAAUAGUGAACUUGAAUUAAAAUAAGUGUCGGAACAGCAUGGACGAAAGAUUCAAGCAAAUCGUAGAUUAUAACGUAUCAGAUUUGUCGUUUCUAUAAUGGCAAAACAGAGGGUUUCCUAUUUUUUCAACCCUGAUGUUGGUAACUUUCAUUAUGGGACUGGUCAUCCGAUGAAGCCCCACAGACUAUCUGUUAUACACAGUCUCAUCUUGAAUUAUGGCCUGCACAAGCAUAUGCAGGUAUACAGACCCUACAGUGCGAGUGCCCAUGAUAUGUGCAGGUUUCACUCAGAUGAGUAUAUUGAUUUUCUCCAAAAAGUAACCCCACAGAACAUUUCAUCUUUCACCAAACAUUUAAGUCACUACAAUGUUGGCGACGACUGUCCUGUUUUCUAUGGUCUAUUUGACUUUUGUUCCAUGUACACUGGAGCUUCAUUGGAGGGAGCUAUGAAAUUGAAUAAUCAAGACUGUGAUAUUGCUAUUAAUUGGUCAGGUGGACUUCAUCACGCAAAAAAAUUUGAAGCUUCCGGAUUCUGUUAUGUUAACGAUAUCGUAAUAGGAAUUCUGGAACUAUUAAAGUAUCACCCAAGAGUAUUAUACAUUGAUAUUGAUGUUCACCAUGGAGAUGGAGUUCAAGAAGCAUUUUAUUUGACCGACAGAGUCAUGACCGUCAGCUUUCACAAAUAUGGGAAUUAUUUCUUUCCUGGAACAGGCGAUAUGUAUGAAGUUGGUGCGGAAAGUGGACGUUUCUAUUCUGUUAAUGUUCCUCUAAGAGAAGGUAUAGAUGAUGCGUCAUAUUGGCAAGUUUUUAAGCCAACAAUAAGUAAUGUGAUGGAGUUUUAUAAACCGACAGCGAUAGUUUUACAGUGCGGGGCGGAUUCAUUAGCUGGCGAUAGAUUGGGUUGUUUUUCUUUAAGCACAAAAGGACACGGGGAAUGCGUCAAAUUUGUGAAGAGCCUGAAUGUGCCUACGCUUGUUGUUGGUGGUGGAGGCUACACCCUUCGGAAUGUUGCAAGGUGCUGGACGUACGAAACUUCGCUUCUGGUUGACGAGCAAAUUUCAAAUGAAUUGCCUUACACAGAAUAUUUUGAGUUUUUUGCACCAGAUUUUACUUUACAUCCUGAAGUGGUAACUCGGCGAGAGAACAUCAAUAGCAAGCAGUACCUUGAGGCUAUCACAAAAUUUGUCUAUGACAAUUUAAAAAUGUGUCAGCAUUCUCCGAGUGUGCAAAUGCACGACGCGCCUGGGCCGGCCAUUCCGGAAGAUGCGAAGAUCAAAGAGGAAGAGGAUCCCGAUGUCAGGAUAAGUCAGGACCUGGAAGACAAAAUGGUUGAGGCCAAAAACGAGUUUUACGACGGAGAUAAAGAUAAUGAUAAGGAGGACAUUAAAGUUUGAGUUUUUUUUUAGUACAUGAUAUGAGAUUUUUUUACAAUUUUUUUUGAUUAAUGCUCAAACAAGCAUGGAUUUCCUAGCUACUAAAGUUUUUCUGUUGAAAUCUUCUGUAUUCUGAAUAAAUAUUCCUAGAUAAUGUGUGACUAGGCUUUGAAGACUUUUAUGAGCAGUUUAUCAGAAAUCUAAUUAAAC